GCGGCUUCGCCGGCCGCCGCGCAGCCCGGCGGCCACGGGCGCCGGCUCAGCGCGUCGCUGUCCGUCACGGAGGCCACGGCCCGCCUCCUGGAGGCGCCUGCGCGCCACGGCACCAAGAGGAAGACUUGGCAGGGGGGCGCGCCGCCUCCGCCGCGCCCCGUCAGCCGGCAGCAGUCGACGCGGGCGCGGCAGGCGGCGGUGGUGGUGUUCCUGCGUGCGGGCCGCGAGGACGAGCAGAGCGCCGUCGAGGAGGCGGAGCAAACGUUGCGGGCGAACGGCGUCGACGCCGUCGUGGUCCACAGGGGCAGCACCAUCACCCCCAACGAGGCUCGAGACAAGCUGGAUCUCGUGUACAGGGAGGCGCAGGAGAAGCGCGGCCUGCGCGUGCUGCCCCGGCCGCAGCUGGACCCCAGGAAGGUCCAGCUGCUGUUCGAGACCCGCAAGUGCCGCACCGGGGACAUGGACGACCUCCUGUGCUGCGGCGGCUGCCUGGACCUGGUCAGGGGCAGCAUCACCUGCACGACGGAGGAGGAGGUGCAGCAGCUGUUCUCGAACGCCCUGCGCCUCACGAUAGAGCACGACAACGCCGAGGUGGUCCGCAUCAAGAACGGCUUCCACACCCCCGCGAUUGGCGGGUACUGCGACCUGAAGCUGUUCCUGCUGAUCGUCGCCGACACCAGGCAGCCGCGCGGCCGCUCGAGGUCCAGCGACUCCCUGGCCGGGCAGCCCCCCUCGCGACCUGGGCGGCCCGACGAGGGGGCCGACAACGUGGCAUCCAACGUCUGCCACAUCUGCGAGCUGCAGGUGCACUUGAAGGACUUCCUGGAGUGCAAGAAGUACACGCACAUGCCCUACUGCAUAGACCGCGGGGAUUUCGACGAGAAGUAG